CGGGGAGGAUGGGCAGGCAGAUCCGUCGCUAGCGCUGUGUUUGCAGAGACGCAGCUCCAGGAUGAGCGUAGCGCUGCAGGAGCUGCGGAACACUAUGUCCAGCUAUAAGCGAGCUACCUUUGAUGAGGACGAUGUGUCGGACUCUCCAGCUGAGGCCUCGUCUCCUGACAGAGUGGAGGUGGGAUUCAGGAAGACAGGUGUGGACGUCCUCAGCCGGAGGACACAGCUGGAGCUUCUUCUCUCUCUGCUCCUAUUGGCUGCUCUCCUUGCUCUGAUCUGAUGUGUCCAUGUGUCUCUCCCAUGAUGCUGUGCAGACAGUGGGCGUGGCCUCUGCCUGUCGGAGGUGUGCGUCACAGUAGCCAGUCAGAUCGUGGAGGCGAUGGACCGCGGCGUGGACCCGUGUCAGGACUUCUACCAGUUCUCCUGCGGAGGCUGGAUGAGGAAGAACCCGCUGCCGGACGGACGCUCGCGCUGGUCGACCUUCAACAGCAUCACGGAGCAGAACCAGGCGCUGCUCAAACACCUGCUGGAGAACGGGACGUUUAACGGCAGCAGCGAGGCGGAGAGGAAGACUCAGUCGUACUACUUGUCGUGUCUCAACACCCAGAGGAUCGAGGAGCUGGGAGCUCAGCCUCUCAUUGACCUCAUCGCCAAGAUCGGGGGCUGGAACAUGACGGGUCCCUGGGAGAAGGACAACUUCAUGGAGGUCCUGAAGGUGGUUUCUGGUCCAUACAGAGCUCUGCCUUUCUUCAGCGUUGGAGUCGGCGCCGAUCCCAAAAACUCCAACAGCAACGUCAUCCAGGUCGACCAAUCAGGGCUUUCCCUUCCAUCCAGGGACUAUUACCUCAACAAGACGGCCAAUGAGAAGGUGCUGGUGGCGUACCUGGAGUACAUGGUGGAGCUGGGGAUACUUCUGGGUGGGGAGAGGAGCUCCACCCACAUUCAGAUGCAGCAGAUUCUGGACUUUGAGACGGCGCUCGCCAACAUCACCGUCCCACAGGACCAGAAACGAGACGACGAGAAGAUGUACCACAAGGUGACCAUCGCAGAACUACAGCUCCUGGCGCCGGCGGUGGAUUGGUUGGACUUCCUGUCCUCCGCUCUGUCUCCUCUGGAGCUGAACGACACUGAACCGGUCGUCCUGAACACCAGAGAGUUUGUCCAGCACGUGUCCGAGCUCAUCAACAAGACUGACCGCAGCGUGUUGAAUAACUACAUGAUGUGGACGCUGGUCCAGAAGAGCGCGGCCAGUCUGGAUCAGCGCUUCGAGAACGCUCAGGACAAACUGCUGGAGAGUCUCUAUGGAACCAAGAAGUCCUGCACCCCCCGCUGGCAGACCUGUAUUGCGUACACUGACGACAAUCUGGGCUUCGCGUUGGGAGCGCUCUUUGUUAAGGCGACGUUCGACAAACACAGCAAAGAGAUCGCUGAGGAGAUGAUCAACGAGAUCCGAUCAGCGUUCAAGGACGCUCUGGACCGACUCAUCUGGAUGGACGACCAGACCAGACAGGCUGCAAAAGAAAAGGCAGAUGCGAUCUACGAUAUGAUCGGAUUCCCAGAAUUUAUCUUGGACCCAAAAGAGCUGGAUGACGUUUAUGAUGGGUACGAUGUGUCAGACGACAGCUUCUUCCAGAACAUGUUGAACUUCAACAACUUCUCAGCGCGAGUGAUGGCCGACCAGCUGAGGAAGACCCCCAACAAAGACCAGUGGAGUAUGACUCCUCCCACAGUGAAUGCCUACUACAUGUCCACUAAGAACGGGAUCGUCUUCCCGGCUGGGAUCCUCCAAGCUCCUUUCUACGCCCACGACCACCCAAAGGCGCUGAACUUCGGAGGAAUCGGGGUGGUGAUGGGUCACGAGCUCACUCACGCCUUCGACGAUCAGGGUCGCGAGUACAAUAAAGAAGGAAACCUGAGGCCGUGGUGGCAGAACUCGUCUGUGGAGGCGUUCCGUCAGCGGACGGAGUGCAUGGUGGAGCAGUACAGCCGCUACACCGUCAACGGAGAACACGUCAACGGAAAACAGACGCUGGGAGAAAACAUCGCUGACAACGGCGGCCUGAAGGCUGCGUACCAUGCCUAUCGGUCGUGGGUCCAGAGAAACGGAGAAGAGAAAAUACUUCCUGCCGUCAACCUGACCAAUGACCAGCUCUUCUUUGUGGGAUUUGCUCAGGUGUGGUGCUCAGUUCGGACACCAGAGAGCGCUCACGAGGGCCUGGUGACUGACACCCACAGCCCCCCCAGAUACAGAGUCAUCGGGACGCUCGCCAACUCCCCGGACUUCAGCCACCACUUCAGCUGUCCCACCGGGACGCCCAUGAACCCGGGGACGCGCUGUGAGGUCUGGUAGACAGACUGAAGG